AUGGGCCAGACAUUUAUACGCGUGGAGUUUGCACCGAAUGGGUACUUGCCACCGCACAGGCACCGUAGGGCGUCGGAGAUCAUCUAUAUAUUGGAAGGUACAAUGGAGGUUGGAUUUGUAACCUCGUAUCCUGCCUACAAAUAUUACAGCAAAGUUCUUAACAAAGGUGAUGCCAUCAUGAUUCCUUUCGGCCUCGUUCACACUGUACGAAACGUAGCCAGCGAGAAAUGUGUCAUAACGGUCUCGUUCAAAAGCCAGAAUCCAGGCUUUAUUUACAUGCCCGACUCGGUUUUCACGGCCAAGCCUGCCAUCAACAGCACUUAUCUAGCCGGAGCGUUUAAGCUGGAUGAAAAAACUGUAAAAGAUUUGCAGACAAAGAUGUGGUAUAUUUAA